AGGUCUCAGGCCCCCAGGUGGAGCGGCGGGCGACGGACCCCCAGGCGGAGCGGUGGGCGCCGGACCCCCAGGCGGAGCGACAGGUCUUGGGCCCCCAGGCGGAGCGGCGGGCACCGAGUCACCAGGCACGACAGUGGGCUCCGAGUCAACUGGCAUGACCGCUGGCACUGGGUCAGACAUUGGAUCGUCUGGCUGGACAGCGGGCAUCGGGUCACCAGGCAUCAGGUCAUUUGGCUCGACAGCGGGCGCCGCGUCAUCUGGCAAGGCAGUGGGCUCCGAGUCAACUGGUAUGACUGCGUGCACUGGGUCAGACAUUGGAUCGUCUGGCUGGACAGGGGCAUCGGGUCACCAGGCAUCAGGUCAUUUGGCUCAACAGCGGGCACCGCGUCUUCAUCCGGCAACACAGUGGGCACCAAGUCACCAGGCACGACAGUGGGCUCUGAGUCAAUUGGCACGACAGCGGGCACCGGGUCAUCAGGUACCGGAUUGUCUGGCUCGACAGCGGGCAUCGGGUCACCAGGCAUCAGGUCAUUUGGCUUGCCAGCGGGCACCGCGUCAUCUGGCAAGGCAGUGGGCACCGGGUCACCAGGCAUUGGAUCGUCUGGCUCGACAGCGGGCAUCGGGUCACCAGGUAUGACAGCGGGCACUGGGUCACCAGGCAUCAGGUUAUUUGACUCGCCAGCGGGCACCGCGUCAUCUGGCAAGGCAGUGGGCACCGAGUCGCCAGGUAAGACAGCGGGCUCUGAGUCAAUUGGCACGACAGCGGGCACCGGAUCAGGUACCGGAUCAUCUGGAUCAACAACGGGCAUCGAGUCAACUGGUCUAAUAGGACAUCAGGCUGGAUCAGUUCAUCAUGCUGGGUAGAGGCAUCAGGCUGAGUGGAGGCAUCAGGCUGAGUAGAGGCAUCAGGCUGAAGAGAGGCAUCAGGCUGAGUAGAGGCAUCAGGCUGAGUAGAGGCAU